CUUAGCAGGCAAAUUCGCCAUUCCAAAACGAACGGGGAAAUGCCCGUUUUUUUUCUUUUAUUGGCGUACGAUGUGUCCUCAAAAUAAGAGCACCCUUCCCGUUUUAUGUAUGCUUAAAACCAAGGACGUUGACUAUUGAUCCAAAUGUCGCAGACAUGUUGAGGUAAAUAGGAGACACCACUCCGUUGUACUUUUUAACAGGAACGGCGAAUAGCGACCCGCUAAUUUAGCUACAAAGGCUAGCAGUCAGUCUGACGCAAAAAACGCUCCUUUCCGAAUAUUGUUAGUGAAGAGGGAGCAUCAGCAAUUGCUACGACAAGCAAAAUGAAUGUAUUGAUCACCAAGCUGCACGAAUACCUGGCCCAUUCUACACAUGAGGACAGCAAUGACACACCUGAACCUCAUGAUGUUACAAACAGAAAUCGCUCGGUGGAAAAAUCAGCAGCCCCCUCUGUGAUGGAGGCACUGGUGGACUCAAAAUUCUCCAGAAGGAAACCUUCUGUUGUUAAAAAGCAUUCAGGCUUGGAUGAGUCUGCUGACUCAAAUGACAGUGACAAUGUAGAUUUCCCCUUUUGUGCAAAUGGUUACCCAGAUACCACUUGCCUUCCAAAAGGCACUGUUUUGGUCAGACCUGAACCCGUAGAUAACGGCAGAGAUGACUUCAGGGGUCCUGAGUUCUGCAGCCGCAAAAGUAACGUGUUCCGGAAAGAAUUUUCAAGAAGACGUGGAGGUCACUCAAGUGCUGGGGUUGAUAAUUUGGAAAAUGUCAGUUGCACUGCUUGUGGUCGUCAAGUAAACCACUUCCAGAGAGAUUCUCUUAUUCGCCACCCAGUUCUCAAAGUGCUUAUUUGCAAAUCAUGCUCCAAAUAUUACUCGAGUGACGACAUCAGCAAAGAUGGAAAUGGAAUGGAUGACCAGUGUCGUUGGUGUGCAGAAGGGGGCAAUCUUAUCUGUUGUGAUUUCUGCAGUAAUGCCUUUUGCAAGAAGUGCAUCCUGAGAAAUUUAGGGCGAAAAGAGCUCUCUAGCAUUUUGGCAAGUGAGUGGUACUGCUAUGUGUGUAACCCUGAGCCCCUUUUUGGCCUUGUGAUGACCUGCGACAACGUCUUGGAGAACAUGGAGCCUCUGUGGCAACAACACCGCAAGAGAAACCGAGCCGAGCCAGGGAAAUCGGAAGUAUAUGGGGACCUGCCUCUACCUCAAAUCCCCCCCUUUCCUAAACGGGAUCAUAGUGGUAUGGAUGGUACUGUUGUGUUCAACUACAACACUCUAAAUGUCUCCAAGGAAAUGACCGCUAAGGUGAAACAUUUAGUGGACUCUGCAAACAAUGUGAACACGAGCUUUCUUCAUUUCAUUCAUACCGCCACAAAGGUUAAGCAAGGUGUUCGAAGCCUCUAUUUGAAGUCAUAUUUGUCAGUGGUGAAAUCCACGCGAGCGUCUCUUGCGGCACUCGAGGAAAGCAUUAAAGAAGAAUUCAGCGACUUAGACGUUUCCAGCUGUUGGGAAGAGUUACUAAACGAUAAUGUUGAGGCCCCACCUGCCACUGAAGCAGAUGCAAAGAGCUCCAGUGAAGGAAGCUUGAAUAACUUCCCGAAGCUGUCGGAUGACCAUCUGGAAAAGGAAGUCCUCAGCGAGAGCACAAGUGAGCACGUGCAGAAUCUGAGGACGAUAGACGUGCAGUCUCCCCAAAGUAGUCUCAAAAUGACCAAAAAACUAGUGGUCAAACUUAGACCAGUACCUCUAGCACAAGAGCCCUGCUCAAAUGCACAGCUCCUUUCCAAAGACAUGGCUGAAGAGAAGAUGAAUGGAAACGAUGUGUCCGGUAAUGAAGAGAUGGCUGUUGCUGACAGCAAAUUGACUGUAGACCACCCAAGCACACUACUCCACCUCGAAGAGGAGCAGAGCAAUCGGAGGUCCCCCCGCGUCAAGACCACACCAUUGCGUCGUCCAAGCGACGUCAAGGGUAAACCGGCUGUCUCCACAGCAGACAGCGAGAGCGAUUCGGAAAACGAGGCACAGCCCAGCUCAGGGGCUGCCCAAACCGCUAAAGAACAAAGCCAGACCAGAGAUGACUCUGACUCCGAUGAAAUACCUGCCGUGCUUCUUGAACGAGUAGCAAUGACUAAAAGCUCAGAGUACUAUCAACAAAGUGACGCUGAAGACGAGGACAACAAUGACGACAGUCCAGCAUCUGGCAAAAUGGCCAAAAAGCGUCUCCUCUGGCUCACAAAGAACACCCCGAUAUCCCCCGAGAGGAUUCGCCGCAAACGUAAACUGCUGGACUGUUCGUCCGAGUCGGACUCCAUUGCGAAGAUUCAACGGGAAGUGGGAACGGAUUCCUCCAGUGACGAUCAAGACCUGCAGAAUCAAAAGCAGCACCCGAAGACCCUCAGGCCCAUCGGCAAGUCGCAUCUUGUCAAGAGCGAAACGGAAGGGUGUGCUCGACAGCGGGGUAUAACGGAGGUCAGAAAGCACAAGACUCACACUCUCCAGGAAGUAAUAGUGACCUCGUCGUCGUCAAGCGAGGAUGACGAGGACUCCGAGAGUGACGCCGAUGAUCAUAAGAUGAAAGCAAUCACAGAAGAUGGGAAGUCAGUGGGACCAGCAACUUUUCAUCCAUUUUCUGGAAAUCAGGAUGAAGCUGGGCCCACCUGGGCAGCAGGGGAUGAGGACGACCCCGAAAAUAGACUCGCUAAGAACAUGCUUUUGGCCCAAAUCAAUGCCAACUUGUCAUCGCUUGAUGAGUUAUCAGCAGAUGAGGAAACACAGGACGAUGAGUCGUCUUCGGAGGCUGAAAAGGAUUUGAAAGAAGUCAGUGAAGAAUGUGGAGAAGAUGGGCAAAACCUGUCCUCUGACGCUGGCCCUGAUGGCUCCAACUUGAGGCAGCACUCCUUGCUGCGCCACAAACUCACCUUGGAUGAGGGCACAGGAAGUGACAAGGCAGCGUUAGGGAAUAAAGCACGGAAGGCAGACAGGAAGAGAAGAGUCGUCCCCAAGGAGCUGAGCUCUAAUGAUGAGAGCGAAGUUACUGAUAACUCAUCGGACACGCAAGUAUCUGCAAUGAGCGAGGAGCUGAGUGAUUCAGAGGAUGAAGAGAACCUGGAAAGGUAUAAAGAAUGUCGUCCACGUCGUCGCCGAAAUAGUGGUUCACCGCCUAAAGUCAAGGAGGAGACCCUUCGGCCGUCUCCGUUUGUUAGCAAGACCCCGGUGACCUGCAUUUUGUUGUCUGACACCAGCAGCGAUGAGAAUGAACAAGAUAACACUGAGGGCGAUUUUAACAGCAGUCAGGGCACACCCAAAGGACGCAAAAAAAUCCGCCGAAUCAUCCAAGACGACAAUCUCCGGUCUGAGACCCAGGAAGCGCUACGGGAGGAGGAAGAGAGAUGUAGACGACUAGCAAGUAGGGAGCAGCUGAUAGAGGAGCGUCGAGAGGCAAUUGUCAUAGAUCAUUCUCAGGAGUCCGUCACCACUAAGUUAAUUCUGGAUCAGGAUGAGGGGACCAAGACACCGCUAGUCCAGGUGCACAGGAACCUAGUAAUUAAUCUCAAGCCUCACCAAGUGGACGGACUCCAGUUCAUUUGGGACAACUGCUGUGAGUCAGUGAAGAAGGCCAACGCCAGUCCAGGAACAGGCUGCAUCUUGGCUCAUUGUAUGGGCCUGGGAAAGACCCUGCAGGUGGUUGCCUUCCUCCACACGGUAUUGCGGUCGAAGGUCUUACAUUUUAAAACGGCCUUGGUGGUGUGUCCUCUCAACACUGUGCUCAACUGGGUUUCCGAGUUCAACAAAUGGCAAAAAGAGUUAGGGAAAGAUAUAGUGAAGGUUACUGAACUGGCCACCAAAAAGAAUAUUCUCACACGACUACAAGCAAUUCAGAGCUGGCACACGACUGGUGGUGUGAUGAUUAUGGGUUACGAAAUGUUCCGAAACCUCUCGCUAUCCACCAAACUGAGCGACAGCAGGUUAAAGCAGCAGCUUAAAAGCCUACUGGUAGAUCCAGGACCAGACUUUGUGAUAUGUGAUGAAGGGCACAUUCUGCGCAACGAGUGCUCCAACAUUUCUAAAGCCAUGGGUGCCGUAAAGACGCGGCGGAGAGUGGUACUAACUGGCACGCCGCUGCAGAACAACUUGGUCGAGUACCACUGCAUGGUAAAUUUCAUCAAGAAGAACCUUCUGGGCUCACUGGGGGAAUUCCGAAACCGCUUCGUCAACCCCAUCCAGAAUGGCCAAUGCGCCGACUCCACACCCAAAGAUGUUCGAAUCAUGAAGAGGCGCGCGCACGUCCUCCAUGCAAUGCUGGCCAGAUGUGUGCAAAGGAGGGAUUACUCCGAGGUGGCUGCGUUUCUGCCUCCCAAACACGAGUAUGUGGUGGCAGUCAGGGUGUCUCCACUUCAGUAUAAGCUGUACAGCCACUACCUGCAGCAUGUUAGUGGCUUGGGCAACGUUAUCGGCACUGCAAAAAUGAAGGUCGGCGCAAACCUGUUUAAGGAUUUUCAGGUCCUCGGUCGGAUUUGGACGCAUCCUUGGUGCCUUCAACUCAGCUAUAAUACCAAAGAAAAAAAGCACAGUAGAGAGUUGGCAAAGAAUACCAGCGCUCCACUCAUGGAAAGCGGACCAAGCAACAGCAAUACCAUUGACCCAACCCAAACCGCUGUAGCAAAUGUUGCAUCAAAAGCCCUUGCAGACCCGUGCUGGUUCAAAAAUAUGUUGUCUCAAAACGAUGCCGAAAUCCUGGAGCACUCUGGGAAAUUAGUGCUCUUAUUUGAGAUCCUGAAGAUGUCUGAAGCCUUGAACGACAAAGUGCUUCUGUUCAGUCAGUCUCUGGUCUCGUUAGACCUGAUUGAGAGUUUCCUGGCAGCUUCUCACCGAAGAAAAAAGGAGUCACCUGAAGAGAGAUGCUGGACUAAAAACAUGGAUUACUACCGUCUCGAUGGCUCUACCUCCGCUGCAUUACGUACAAAAUGGUCAAAUUGUUUCAAUAAGUCCUCUAAUACACGUGGCCGCUUGUUUCUGAUCUCAACAAGGGCCGGCUCGCUGGGCAUCAACCUGGUGGCUGCCAACAGGGUGAUCAUCUUUGACGCCUCGUGGAAUCCUUCUCACGAUAUUCAAAGCAUCUACAGAGUGUACCGCUUCGGCCAGGUCAAGCAAGUGUUUGUGUAUCGCUUCUUGGCACAGGGCACAAUGGAGGAGAAGAUCUAUGAUCGCCAAGUGACAAAGCAGUCUUUGUCCUACCGAGUGGUGGAUCAGCAACAGAUCGAGAGACACUUCACCCUUUCCGAGCUCACUGAACUUUACACGUUUGAGCCAGAUUUACUGGACGAGCCUCAAUCCAGAAAAACUAAGCGGAAGACCUCUGACUUGCCAAAGGAUCAAGUUCUGGCGAUGCUUCUGGAGAAGUGCAAAGACCAAAUAGUCAGCUACCAUGAGCAUGCAUCUCUGCUGGACCAUAAACAAGAGGAGGAGCUCACUGAAGCAGAACGUAAAGAUGCCUGGGCUGAGUAUCAGGCUGAGUCCCACACAGCCAGCGCCCCAGUGAAAAUCAGUUUGGACACCUUGAAUAUGAGGACCAAUGAAGAGCUGAUGCACUUGCUGAACAAAAGCAGAGAAAAUUUAGCGGCCGCCUUCCAGGCCAUGCAGGGUAUGACGUCACCUCCCCUCGAGGAGUACAUUGUACAUGUGUGGCGCCAAAAUCCACAAAUACCCUUGGAGGUGAUCAAGAUGAAGGCCGGGCAGUGGAAACAAGCUGACGCAAAGGAGCUGGAGCGGAGAAAGGUCCAUUAUACAGAGGUUCUUGAAGAGCAGCGAUUACUCACAUUGCACAUCCAGACCAUUUUGAGCGAGCGACGCAAUCAAGAGCUACAGGGGGCGACUCCAUCUGCUGAAAAUCAGCAAACAUCAACAAGUAACUGAAGAAAGUGGUAAAAGCUUGGCUUAUGUGCCAUGUUUUCGUUAUGUGGUUAAAAUGUCAAAUCUUGUUGUUGAAGUUCUCUUCAAUCAGCACUUUAGUAUGACCAACUCGGUCAUUUGCAUCUGUUUCUUCCAAGUGAGGAUUUCCACCAAUACAUGCCUUAACUGUUUUAGGAAACUAGUGAUUUUUUUUGUAAGAGCAACAGUAAUGUUAAUUGUGUAAUAAAUUGCAAGUCAGAACUUUUCCUCAGUGUUAUGAGGAGUAUUAACAUUUCAAUAAGCAGGAUGAGGAUAAACACUGACUAUACUUUAUUUUCUAUGGCUAUUUAUAAGUUUUCUAUAUUUGCGCAAUGUGCAUUUUAGCUUUGUUUUUUUGCACUGUCACUGGAGUAACUGAAGAAGUGUACUUCCCUCAAGGAGGACCAAUAAAAAUAAAGAAAAAAAAACCUGGGGAAAAUA